AUGGACAUUUUGCAUACUAUGAUCUGUCUGUCCGUCUUCUGGGUUUUAUCCUGGGACAGAACAAGAGCGGACUCCAGGUCAGAUUCAAUCAUCCACAUUGGGGCAAUUUUUGAUGACUCUGCUAGAAAAGAUUAUGACGUAUUUCGCAUGGCAGUCGAUGAUCUAAAUUUAAAUGAAGAUAUUUUGCAAACUGAAAAGAUCACAUUUACAGAAAAAUUUGUCGAUGGUAGUAAUCCUUUUGUGGUUGUCCAGGAAGCUUGUGACCUUAUGAACCAAGGCAUAUUGGCCCUUGUCAGCUCUAUCGGAUGUGCAUCAGCAGGGUCUUUGCAAGCUCUGGCAGAUGCUAUGCAUAUUCCUCAUCUUUUCAUGCAACGAUCUACAGCAAGGACGCCAAGAAGUAGUUGUGGACUCAACAGGGGCAACAGGAUUGAUGAUUAUACAUUGUCUGUCCGCCCCCCAGUCUUUCUGAAUGAUGUUAUCUUAAGAGUCGUCACGGAAUAUGCCUGGCAGAAAUUCAUCAUCUUCUACGACAACAACUAUGAUAUCCGUGGAAUACAAGAGUUUUUGGAUAGAGUAUCUCAGCAGGGAAUGGAUGUAGCUUUGCAGAAGGUGGAAAACAACAUUAAUAAGAUGAUCACGGGACUCUUUGCUACUAUGCGUAUUGAAGAGCUAAAUCGCUACAGGGACACACUAAGAAGAGCCAUUCUUGUUAUGAGUCCAACCACUGCCAAAUCCUUCAUUACUGAGGUCGUUGAGACUAAUUUGGUUGCCUUUGACUGUCACUGGAUCAUUAUAAAUGAGGAGAUAAAUGACUUGGAUGUACAGGACUUAGUCAGAAGGUCAAUUGGAAGGCUAACAAUUAUUCGUCAGACCUUUCCAGUACCCCAGAAUAUGAGCCAACGCUGUUACCCUGGCAACCACAGAAUAACUACUUCACUCUGUGACCCUAAAGACCCAUAUUACCAGAGCAUGGAGAUCACCAACCUGUAUAUCUAUGAUACAGUGCUCUUGAUGGCUAAUGCCUUUCACAAGAAGCUGGAAGAUCGAAAGUGGCAUAGCAUGGCCAGUCUCACCUGCAUCAAGAAGAACUCAAAGCCUUGGCAAGGAGGUCGAUCUAUGUUGGAAACUGUCAGAAAGGGUGCAGUAAAUGGACUUACAGGAAUUUUAGAAUUUAAUGAUGUUGGUGACAAUCCAAAUAUCUAUUUUGAAAUUCUGGGUACAAAUUAUGGGGAGGAACUUGGCAGAAGUGCCCGUAAGCUAGGUUCAUGGAAUCCUGUGACUGGACUGAAUGGUUCUCUGACGGACAGGAAGCUAGAAAACAACAUGCGUGGUGUUGUGCUCCGUGUGGCCACAGUGCUGGAAGAACCAUUUGUAAUGGUGUUGGAAAAUGUAUUGGGAAAGCCAAAGAAAUACAAAGGAUUUUCUAUUGAUGUCCUCGAUGCCUUAUCUAAUUAUUUGGGAUUUAAAUAUGAGAUAUACAUUGCCCCAGAUCACAAAUAUGGAAGUCCUCAGGAGGAUGGUACUUGGAAUGGGGUGAUAGGUGAACUGCUAUUUAAGAGAGCUGACAUGGGGAUUUCUGCCUUGACUAUCACACCUGACCGAGAGAAUGUAGUAGACUUCACAACUCGCUAUAUGGAUUACUCAGUGGGAGUUCUGUUGAAAAAAGCAGAGAAAACGGUGGACAUGUUUGCUUGCUUGGCACCAUUUGAUCUGUCUCUGUGGGCCUGUAUCGCUGGAACUGUUUUAUUAGUAGGACUUCUGGUCUACCUAUUGAAUUGGCUUAAUCCUCCACGCUUGCAGAUGGGAUCUAUGACCUCUACAACACUUUACAACUCCAUGUGGUUCGUGUAUGGAUCCUUUGUUCAACAAGGAGGUGAUGUCCCCUAUACUACAUUAGCAACAAGAAUGAUGAUGGGAGCAUGGUGGUUGUUUGCCUUAAUUGUUAUUUCUUCUUACACGGCAAACUUAGCGGCCUUCCUGACAGUCUCCCGCAUUGAGAGCUCUAUUCAGUCUCUCCAGGAUCUUUCAAGACAAACAGAUAUUCCUUAUGGCACAGUCUUGGAUUCUGCUGUAUAUGAUCAUGUUCGGGUGAAAGGUAUGAAUCCAUUUGAGCGGGACAGCAUGUAUUCACAAAUGUGGCGGAUGAUUAACAAGAGCAAUGGAACAGAGAAUAAUGUCCAGGAAUCUCUAGAGGGCAUACAAAAGGUGAAACAUGGAAAUUAUGCUUUUGUAUGGGAUGCAGCAGUUUUGGAAUACGUGGCUAUAAAUGAUCAAGACUGUUCCUUUUACACAGUAGCGAACACAAUUGCAGACAGAGGUUAUGGCAUAGCACUGCAACAUGGCAGCCCAUACAGGGACAUUUUCUCACAAAGGAUAUUGGAACUCCAGCAGAAUGGGGACAUGGACCUAUUAAAGCAUAAAUGGUGGCCACGCAACGGACAUUGUGACCUAUACUCAUCAGUGGAACCUAAACAGAAAGGCAGUGCCCUGGACAUUAAAAGCUUUGCAGGAGUAUUUUGCAUCUUAGCAGUUGGUGUUGUUUUAUCCUGUGUCAUAGCUAUGGUGGAAACAUGGUGGAAUAAGAAGAAAGGAUCCCGAGUACCUUCCAAAGAGGAUGACAAAGAAAUUGACCUGGAACAUCUCCACCGACGUGUAAACAGCCUGUGCACUGAUGAUGAAAGCCCUCAUAAACAGUUUUCUUCCUCAUCAGUGGAUCUGACACCUCUAGACAUUGACACAUUACCAACAAGACAAACUCUGGAACAAAUUAGUGAUUUCAGAAACACUCAUAUAACUACUACAACCUUUAUACCGGAGCAAAUACAGACACUUAGCCGUAACUUGUCUACUAAAGCUGCUUCUGGAUUUUCAUUUGGCAAUGUGCCUGAGCACCGAACUGGUCCUUUUAGGCACAGGGCACCCAAUGGUGGAUUUUUUCGAAGUCCAAUUAAAACUAUGUCAUCUAUUCCAUACCAGCCAACUCCUUCUUUAGGGCUUAAUCUUGGUAAUGAUCCUGACCGAGGUACCUCCAUAUGA